AUGUGUGAACGGAUCGACUCCUCGCGUCUCGAGAGGCAAUCACACCCAUUUCGUCAAUUGAAGUGCUCGCGCAGCAUACGAAACCGCGCGGCUGUGAUUUAUCACCUCACUCGUGCAAAGCUGCACAUAAAAGUGCCACAGGAUGUGCUUUUCUCUGCUUCUUUGUCGUACGCUCUCAACAUUAGUCGCAUGAGUGCAAGAUGCCCUACGUUAGGUCAGCUGCGGCCGGUCUCAAAUGAAGCGGACAUCGUCGCUGUCGAAAUGCUUAUUUUUGAAUUCGUUAGGCCGCACGUUGUACUGAUUGAGGGCUGCCUGCGACUGGAGCUUAAGAGGCUUGUGCUGCAUCGGCCACUGCCUCUCAAGAUUCGGGAGUGCGUCGGACGCGUCGCCAUCGCAUUGUCUGACACACUGUAUGCUUGCCACUACUGUUUGUUUCCGGAAGCUGCUGCUCGGGCGUGCCUGCUCAAUGCGUGCGAGCGUCUAAGUGUUGACGUUGACUCUGCAACUCUUCCGGACGAGUUCAGGACACCACAGGUGACCGAAAUACGCGCCUUUUUUUCGACGCCCGAAGCGGGGAGGACGUGA